GGUCGCGCCAGCUCGCACCGUUUGACAAGCUGUGCCAAACAGAGCUUUUUCAAAACGCCGACACGCAAACGAACGCGAUUCAAAAACCAAGCUGUGCAGUAGGCCGGCGACAGUCUCGACACGAAACGCUGCCAAGAAAACGCCGCGCCACCGUCGCGCAGCCGAGAUAGACAGCCAAGCCAGAGGUGUGUGCCCAGCGCUUGACGCCGCCGCCGCUGUGAACGCUGUGAACAACCAUGGCCGCCGCCGGCCCCACGCCCCUCCAGGGCAUCCUGAACCUGCCGCGCCUCGAGCAGCUCUUCGGCCAGCUCAUGGCGCGCCUCGCGCACCAGGAGACGGAGAUCGCCGCGCUCCAGACGGCCGCGCGCCACAACGCGACGCUCGAGGCGCGCUGCGCCGGCCUCGAGGCGCAGCUCGCGCGGCUCGAGGCCGCGACGUCGCUCGACGCGGAGUCGAUCAACGAGACGGCGUCCGAGGCGCCGUCGACGGCGCCGUCGGCGACGGCGGCGACACAACAGCAGCCGCACCAGCACCACCACCACGUGCCCCUGAACCGCCAGGUCGCCGAGAAUGCGGCCGCCAUCGCGCGCCUAGCUGACUUGAUUGAUGGCCGGCACGCGGAGCACUCCGGGCGCCACGACCACGCAUUGGAAUCCCAUAGAACGCUCACGGAGCGCCUCGACGCGCUCGAGUUGCGCGGGGCCGCGAAGGACCACGCGCUCGCGCUGGAGGACGAGCUCGCGGCGUUCGGGCGUCGUUUAGAUGCCACGGACGCCGUCGUCGCUACUAAGGUCGAUGGAGUGGACGAGGCGGCCUUCCGCGCGACGUGCAUUCGGUUGCGGGACGUCGAUUCGUUCAUCGACCGGACGAACGCUACUGUAAAAGCGUUGGAGGAGCGUGCCUCCAAGGCGUCGGAUGAACGGUCGCAUAUUCAUGAGCAGCUGGAGGCCUCCUCCGUGGUCACGGCGGCGCUGCAGCGCGAGGUCGACGCGAUCGUCGCCGUGGUUGGGGAAGAAGCGGUGAAGCGGGAAGAAAGGGACCAGGCCCUCGACGAGGCCCUGGCGAACACGACGCACCGCGACGCGCACGCCCAGCACGUGGCGCACCACGCGUCGACGCUCGAGCAGCUCCAGCAGCUCAAGCGCGAGGUCGAGCAGGGCUUCGCGCGCGUGUCGGCCGACCUCGCCGCCGAAGAAUCUAGGGCGAGUUCGCAGAGCAGCGAGGACCGCGCGGCGGCGCGGCGCGGCGCCGAGGCCGCGGCGGCGCUCGCGCGGCGAUUGGUCGACGGUGCGGUGCGCGACCUGCUCGCGGCGCCGCACGGCGCCGUCGCCGAGUGCCGCGGCCGCGUGGCGCGCCUCGAGGAGACUUCCGCUAAAGCGCGCGCGGAGCUGGACAUUGCGCUGAAGUUCGUCGACUGGUUCUCGAACAGGGGAGAGGGCUACGAGCACAACAUGACGGCGCUCGAUCGAAGGUUGGACGGCAUGGUGCGGUCCGCGCGCGAGGCGUCGGCGGAGCCGUUUUCGCCGAGCGUGCGGCUGGCGGCUUAG